CUUGAAGCGAGAGCGCCUUUUCACCGUUUCUAUCGAUGCCCUUGAACAUACCAGGAAUUCUUGCUCCAUUUCAACUGCUUAGGAAUCCCCGACUUGUGAUUCCACAUCUAACAGUAAAAGAUAUUCGCCAAAUUGAUUUUUUGGCGCUUCGGAAUGCUGGCUAUAGAGGAGCGGUCUUUGAUAAAGACAAUUGCUUGACAAUUCCGUAUAAAGACCCCCUUGUGCCAGAGCUCGAGGAUGCCUGGAGAGAAUGUCGUGAGGCAUUCGGGGAAGGAAACAUACUCAUCGUCAGCAAUUCCGCUGGUACCAAGUUCGACGCAGGAGGAAUACAGGCAGAAUCGGUGUCAUAUCACCUGUCUGUCCCGGUUCUCCGACACGACACCCUUAAACCUGGUUACUCCUGCAUUGCUUCGAUACGCGCCUACUUUUCAUCUCUCCGUGUUCCGAUCUCCGAUGGUGAACUGGUUGUAGUCGGAGACCGUAUAUUUACGGAUGUGAUCAUGGCAAACAGAAUGCAUGCUCCCUCCGCAUCAUCGUCAAGUGACAUGUCUGCUCGUGUGAGGAUUGGCGGCCCCCUCGCUAUCUUGACGGAUGGUGUUUGGCAAAAGGAAAGCAUGGUAAUGCGAUGGGUCGAAAAGAGCUUGGUGGACGCGGUUCGAAAGUGGGCGAGAAAUGGGGAAAUAUCUUCCGUAGAUACUAACGUGUUCGUGAGGGAGCUCCCUUGCCCGGAACCUCACAAGACUGGAAGCGCACUCACAAAAUUGAUGGACCUGAUGAAACGGAGAUAGCAUGGCUCAUGUUUGUGAGGAUGUGUCGACUGUCGGUGACCGCAGUAGUUGCUGUACUUAUUCUUGUUGGAACCUAUUCACGAGCCAUGCCUAGGUGACAUUUUGUUGCUCCUUACAUAGUAAUUUUAUAUUUUUCGUCGAAA